CUGUCUAGCGCACUUCUUGUCCCGUUGGCUGCAAAACCAGCGGACCAUAUGAAACGGGGAAGACUUUCUUCCUUCAGGAUCAAUUGGAGAGUUACCAUUGGAAUUUUUUUAGCCUUCACGGUAGUUUCAGUGUACUAUCUAUCAACGCCGAGCGUAAUGGCAUUUCGUGGAUAUCUUGAAUGGGAAGGAAACGACAAUGGAAUAUUUUAUCGCGAAGAUGCGCCCGCAAAUGGCGGACGUUUCACCGUGUUAUUUCUUCACGGACAAGCGUUUUCUUCGCGAACGUGGGACGAUCUUGGUACGUUAAAGUUCCUCUCCUCGCAUGAUUACAGAGUAGUGGCUGUUGAUUUGCCUGGUUUUGUGAAAUCUAAAGAUGCUGAACAGCCAAGAACUUCUGAAGGACGAAGUGUGUUCCUAAAAAAGUUUAUAGAGAAACUGAAAAUCGAUCGUCCUGUUCUGGUGUCACCCUCUAUGAGCGGGUCAUACGCUCUACCUUUUAUUUUCCAAGGUGAUCAAGGGAAACAUUUACGAGGAUAUGUUCCCGUGGCCCCAGUUGGUACCGAUAAAUACGAAGAAUCAGACUACAAAAGCCUUCAACUACCCACUCUUAUUUUCUAUGGCGAAAAUGACUCGACUCUCGGAGUUUCGUCGCUGAGAAGGCUCCGAAAUAUUCCCGAUAGUGUUAUUCAUAUGAUGAAAGAUGCGGGACAUGCUUGCUAUAUGGCAAACCCGGAAGAAUUCCAUGAAAAGUUGCUCAGUUUUCUUAACAAGUUGUGA